AUGAUCUUUACCGCGGACCCUUACCGCGUUCUUGAUCAUGUGAGUCUGCAACUUACUACACAAAGUGACCUAGCUGGUUCGCAUUUGAGUUCUCGCCGAGGGUGGACGCAGCCCGAGGAUGGGGCCGCCACGCACUGUGCGUCUUACUCUCCUUCUGGUCUAGGCCGUCUGGAGAAGGUCUGUCUUGGUCUGUCACAUUUCCCCGGUCCGAUGGACCUGUCGGCUCGUAGACGAAGGUUGAAGGACCUAGAAGCAAUGUGGAGGCGCACGUAUACCAGGCCAAGUCGCUAUCACGGAAUAGGAAAAUGCUUUCAAGCGCUAGUAGGUUCUAGAUUUGAGACUAUGGACCGCGGGAACAGGUGGAUAUUCUAUGAAUAUGUCUGUUGGGCUGAGACUGCGAGGGCUAUUCCGUGGAUGUGGGUGGUGAUAGAGCCCUCCCGAGAUUCGAGAUAA